AUGGCAGAUCCUAGAAUUCGGCAAAUUAAAAUCAAGACCGGCGUCGUAAAGCGCAUUGCUAAGGAGAAAGUGGUUUAUGAAAAGGAGGCCGAGCUACAAAAGAACAGGAUACAGAAGAUUAAAGACGAGGGCCAAGACGAACACAACAUCCGGAAACAAGAGGAGGUUCUGCAGGAGUCCCUUAUGAUGGUCCCUGACUGCCAAAGACGGUUGGCAAAAGCAUUCACAGACCUCAAGAAUACUCUAGAAACAGAGGCAGACCUCAAGGAGCAUGAGGACUACCUUGUGGCUCAGCAAGUGCUAAAAGACGCCGAGUGCCAACUGGUCACAGCUUAA